CAUGGUUGUAGAUCUCCACUUCUCUGUCGAGCUCGUCAAGCUCCUCCGAGCCCAGGAGUCCAACCUUCUACUUCACACCCAUUUUGAUGCCAUUACCACUGGCACGUGAUAGGUAGUCAGCCGGGGCGUUUGGAACAACCAAGCUCUUUCGCCUGCGGGCUAGCAAAGGGCGUCAGCCACAGGUACGGAGGAUGGCGACGCUAGAAAGAUCUCGGCCUGUUCGCGAGGCGCUGCCACCUGCAGUGUUGGAGGAGGCCUAUGCGGAUGCUGUUAGCAGAGAGGCAGAAAGGACACGAUUGCUCGAGCACCUCAUUGUACCCCUCGGUGAACCGAAGUUGGCCACCACAGCAAUCACCACAGCAUCGCUGCCCGAAUUGAACUUAGCCUCGCUCCUCACCACGACCUUAACAGCGACCCCGCCUCAGCAGCACACCGUGGACCAGCUGGAAUACCCCCGCAACGCUGCCAGCUCUCUUGUUUCUCCCAUAGCCAGAGACCUUGUCGAAGAUGGGGAGGGAGAGGAGGAAGAGGAGGAGGAAGUCCUCGAAACGCUCAAAGACGAACAUGAAGACAUCUUCCAGGAUGCUCAUGAGGCUGAUUCUGACGUGCAAACCGAUGUUGGCCUUCAAGUUAUCCAGCUAUCGUCCGCAGUCCUCGAUACUAUGGAUCACUUGCUUGAUGCCUUGCAAGAGACAUGUGCUUCCAAUUUCAUCAACGAUGCCCGCAGAUCAAUCGCUACCAUCAAGAGUCCCGCUGCAGAGGACGAUCAAACAGCGCUUCAAUCAUUGGAAGCAUGUACGCAUGCCCUCCAGCAGAUAUCCAAUUCGCCAUAUCUCAACGAAGAUGUUCUACUUCUCCGAACCCUCUACUCCCUUUUCAAUGCUUUAUCUGAUGUCUCACUGGAACCACCGGAGGAGGGCUCUUUGACGCCUAAUCAGUCGUCAAGUCCAGGGAAAUUGAAAAGACGCGAUUCAGGUGUUACUCUCCCCGGCUGCAGUGACGAGCUGCGAGAUCCCUUCCAAGAUCGCAGCGAGGUCGAUGGACUCGGUGGUCUUUUGCGGUCUAUAGCGUCGUUCGAACGUCAUGCCGGUCAUGCUCCUAGCCAGUCAUCUUCAAUCUGGCCGAACCAUUCGAUUGAUUCACCCAAAUCGUCUCCCUCGCAAAUCGAGCUGCAAGAAACAUCUUCGAAGGAAGCAACCCAUCAGUCGAACCUGAUGACCGACUUGACGAUCGUCCUCGAUCUGCUGUUUCAAGUCAAGACGCAGGUUUCCUACCGCCGCAACCGUCUUCGCAGCCAAGAAAUGCAGACUUCACCAAGAGCACUCAGCCAUCGAGGUAGCAUCGCAUCCAGCAUCCUUUCAUCGUCCGUAAACGCGCGCGAUGGAGAUGGGCCAGACGCCUCCAAUGGGCACCUGUCCCGAGCUUCGCUGCUUUCCAGCACCAUGACUGCUGCGGGAGGUUCGAUGACAGAUAGCAAAUUAGAGCAAUCUUUAAGCAUGCUCAGUCUUGGUACGGGAACAUUUGGAGAAUCUUCAAUUCAGCCCCCUCGAUACUCUGACGAGUUGCACGGGUUCUCUUCUGACAUGCUUAGCACAGCGGAGAAACCGAUAUGGGAGUACCAAGACUCCCGGCAAAGUCAAGAAGCCCUGCCCGCCAGCCGCGAAACGCCACUCGGCAUGAGCAGCGCGCCAUUGAGCCCCAUCCAGGAUUCUACCUCAGCGUAUGGAGCAAGAACGGUUCAAGACUUGCAGAUUUUGGAGGCCAGCAUCGAUCGCGCUUAUUCUGCCAUUCCCCAGCUCGCCGACCAGCGAGCUAACCAUCGGCCUGGUCAGGCGCGGGAACUUGCGAUCUCUACUCUACUGGACAGGAUGGUUGGAACGCCCCGUAUGGAGGAUCAACGAGCGUCGCCGCCCAGGACUCCACCGAUCUCCGGCGCGCAUGCAUCCAUCAGCGACCACAAUGCGGAGACUUCCAAAGCGGGUCGCAGUUCGUCUAGACGUCUCUCAGGUGCCAAUCUUCGAAGAAGAUUCUCUGUUGGCAUGUUUGUAUCUAGCGUGCGGGCGCAAAGCAGCAUCGCGUCACUCAGCGAUCGAGAAAAGGGCAAGGAGAAGAUGAGUAACAUGGGUGAUGCAGUCUCAUCGCCUCUCGCCGAGCCCUCGGCUUCAAGAACUGCAGCUCAUGCGAGAAACUGCUCAGCCUCAGUAGCGCGAGCAAACAAAGAUUGUUUUGAAGAGGACAUACUGCAGCUCUUGUCAAUGAACAAUGCAAGGUCGCGCAUGAUGAACCAAGAUGCACCCAUGCGACCGGGACCGAAGGCUAGCAUCGUCUCUCCCCACGUGCAGUCUUCCAUAUCGAGCGUACAGUAUGGGUCGGAUGCGGAGGCGACAAUGUCAGCAAAUAACGGAAUGGGAUCGCAAACAGGAAGAUCACUUGUCAGGAAUGAGGCAAGCGCACCUGAUCCUGGUAACAUCAUCACAUCAGUCGGGCCUCACGACACCCGCGAUUCUGCCAAUCUCCAAGGGGCACCGCAACAAGGCUAUUCCUGCGUGUUCAGCGAAUGGCAAACCAACAUUGGUGCGGCUGUGAUCAUGGCUUGGUCGCCUGACGGGCCAGUUCAAGGGGCACUUACCGUCAUUGACCCAACAACUCUAGCCAUAUCGCUGAUCCAACCAAGCAUCACGCUCGCGUUGCGCGCCCCCGAAUAUCUCCGUUUCGAAUGUCCGCAACAAGCAGAUCUCUCAACUACGGGUCGCAUUAGCUUAGGCCGAGCUCGAGGCGGGGUGCACCAAGAAGAAUUGAUGGCUUCCCGGGUUAGAGCGCAUCAAUUGCGAUCUAUAUCGGGGUUGGAAUGCAAGUCGUGCGCAACUACCAUCACCAGUUUCACCGACGCUUGCAGAUGCUUGCCUCUCCCUUCGGAGGGCUGGGAAGAGCUGGUCGACGCAUGGAUGUGCCAUGACGAUCAGCUUCUGAAUGCUACUGUUCUUCAAGGAAAAUCGGCGAUCAGCGGCGGAGACAGCAGCAAUUCUACCAUCUUCGUGUCGGACUUUUGGUUCCGCGUCCCAAUUUCCCUUGUCCAGCUUGCUGAAGAUGUUGCGGAUCCAAACCUGGUGGGUAGUGAGCGGGAGUGGCACAGGGUCUAGAGAAGGCCGGCAUCUGGCUUUCACCGAUGCUCUCAUUCUGCCUGUGGCACGCAUUGAUGGGAGUAGCGAACCGCCGUACUGGCUGGUAUGCACUCUUGAAUUUGUUGAUGGCCACAUGCAGACGGCUGAUGCAAGGACCCGAGAAAAAAAUCUUUAAAGAAACACCAUGGAGCAGCGCUUCAUUGCUCUUAUGGUCACUGCAAUAAGGGACACGCCUCAAAGUUGAUAAAUGCAACACUUUCUAACGAUUGCAAUUUUAUCAUCCGCAGCUGAACUGUCCUCACUGCAACGCUUUGCUUGGUCUUCGCUCCGACGGCAGUCC